CACUAAAACUGGCCAAAACGCGUGUCCCGCAGUCGCUUGUGACGUGUUGUUUUUUUGUAAACUAUGUUUUUUAGCCACUAAGAGGGUCAUAGUUUAUUAAAGAUCCACUCAACCGACUUGAAUCGCCGGCCGAUAAAAAGACCACAAAAUGCUUAGCCUGCGGGAACGACAAAUCAAUGCCAUUAAGCAGAUGCUUAAUUUGAACUCGCAGCAGCCGAAGGCAUUAGCUGCAGAGCCCGUUUGGAAGAUUCUGAUCUAUGAUCGCGUUGGCCAGGACAUAAUAUCUCCCAUUAUUUCUAUCAAGGAACUUCGAGAAUUGGGCGUGACCCUGCAUGUGCAACUCCAUUCAGAUCGCGACUCUAUUCCCGAUGUGCCGGCUAUAUACUUUUGCCUGCCCACCGACGAGAAUCUUGACAGGAUUCAGCAGGACUUUUCGAACGGACUUUACGAUGUGUACCACCUAAACUUCCUGGCUCCAAUAACACGCAGCAAAAUCGAGAAUCUGGCGGCAGCAGCCCUUCAUGCCGGCUGCGUGGCCAACAUCCAUCGCGUUUACGAUCAGUAUGUGAACUUCAUCAGUCUGGAGGACGACUUCUUCGUCCUUAAGCACCAGCAGAGCGAGCAGCUUUCUUACUACGCCAUCAACCGGGCCAAUACCCGCGAUGAGGAGAUGGAGGUUCUGAUGGACUCCAUCGUGGACUCUCUCUUCGCCCUAUUUGUGACUUUGGGAAAUGUGCCCAUCAUCCGCUGUCCACGAAACAGCGCCGCUGAAAUGGUGGCCCGUAAGCUCGAAAAGAAACUGCGCGAGAACCUUUGGGAUGCACGUGCCAACUUGUUCCAUAUGGAUGCAACGCAGGCCGGCGGCGGAGUUUUCAGCUUUCAACGACCCGUGCUGCUGCUGCUUGACAGAAAUAUGGAUCUGGCCACGCCGUUGCAUCACACCUGGUCCUACCAGGCUCUAGUGCACGACGUCCUAGACUUGGGACUGAAUCUGGUUUACGUUGAGGAUGAGACAACCAGUGCGGGUGCCCGCAAGAAGCCUAAGGCCUGCGAUUUGGACCGCAACGAUCGGUUCUGGAUGACGCAUAAGGGCAGUCCAUUCCCCACAGUGGCCGAGGCCAUUCAGGAGGAGCUAGAGUCCUAUCGCAACUCCGAGGAUGAGAUUAAGCGCCUGAAGACUUCCAUGGGCAUCGAGGGCGAGUCGGACAUUGCCUUUUCGCUGGUCAACGACACCACCGCUCGGCUGACCAACGCUGUUAAUUCUUUGCCCCAACUGAUGGAGAAGAAACGACUGAUCGACAUGCAUACCAAGAUCGCCACUGCUAUCCUUAACUUCAUCAAGGCACGCCGACUUGAUUCAUAUUUCGAGAUCGAAGAGAAGGUGAUGUCAAAGCAGACACUGGACAGGCCACUGUUGGACCUGCUCCGAGAUGGAGAGUUUGGUCAGGCGGAGGACAAGUUGCGCCUGUACAUUAUAUACUUUAUCUGCGCCCAGCAGCUUCCCGAAUCGGAGCAGGAACGGCUCAAGGAGGCGCUGCAGGCGGCCGGUUGUGAUCUGACAGCUUUGGCGUAUGUUCAGCGUUGGAAAGGUAUCAUGAACCGUUCACCGGGCAUCAGUCAGGCCACCCAGUAUGAGGGCGGUGGCACUAAGACUGUGUCCAUGUUUACUAAGCUCGUCUCACAGGGCAGCUCCUUCGUUAUGGAAGGUGUCAAGAAUCUGGUGGUCAAACGGCAUAAUCUGCCAGUUACCAAGAUCACCGAGCAAGUGAUGGAGUGCCGCAGUAACGCGGAGACCGAUGACUACCUUUAUUUGGAUCCCAAGCUUCUCAAGGGCGGUGAUGUCCUGCCCAAGAACCGGGCUCCAUUCCAGGACGCCGUGGUGUUUAUGGUUGGCGGAGGCAACUACAUAGAGUACCAGAAUCUGGUUGACUUUAUAAAACAAAAGCAAACAUCAAAUGUGCAAAGGCGGAUCAUAUAUGGUGCUUCCACGCUCACUAACGCGAAGCAGUUCCUCAAGGAGCUCUCGGCCCUAGGCGGUGAGAUCCAGUCCCCGUCGGCGACGAGUUAGGAGCGGCUGCAUCGAUUCCAUUGCUGCUGAGCGGAGUGGACCGGGUUUUGGGUGCAUGUGUGUCUGUGUGGCUUCUUUCGUUUACUUUAAGCAUAUCCAAAAAUAAAUUAAAUGCCAGGCAAAAAAGA